AUGGAAAGCAGGGAUCCACAGUCCAGUGAAGGAGAAGGCAGAGGGAAAGAGAGCGAUGGGGAGAAGGACAAGCAUCUGAAGGACCAGUUCGACAGUGAGGAGAAAGGAGAGAAGGAGAUCAGGGGAAACGAGAAAGAGAAGAAGAAAGAAAAGCGUUGCUCGAGGUCUCUAUGGAGGAAUGGAUGGGCACUGAGUGAAAGACUGGCCAUCAAUGUAUCAGGGAUGCGUUAUGAAACUCAGCUUCGCACCUUAGCCCAAUUCCCUGACUCCAUGCUUGGCGACCCCAGACGAAGGUCACGCUACUUUGACCCACUUCGAAACGAGCUCUUCCUGGACCGCAAUCGAGCCUGCUUUGAUGCCAUUCUGUAUUUUUACCAGUCAGGGGGUAGGCUUCGGAGGCCUGCAAACAUACCCCUGGAUAUUUUCAUGGAUGAGCUGAUAUUCUAUGAGCUCGGAGAGGACAUCAUGAACCGCUUCAAGGAGGACGAAGGUUUUCCAAAAGAAGAGGAGAGGCCUUUGCCAUCCAACAGACUCCAGAGAAAACUGUGGAUGCUGUUUGAGCACCCAGAGUCCUCAUCGGGUGCACGCAUCAUCGCCAUCAUUAGUGUAAUGGUAAUCGUGGUGUCCAUCCUCAUCUUCUGCCUGGAGACACUGCCUGACCUCAGACAUGACAGAGAGGAGCAUCACUCCCAAGCAAAGAACAUGUCUGAGAACAUGCCUGCUGCAUCAAGUUUUUUCCACGAUCCCUUCUUUAUGGUGGAGACUGUGUGCAUAUGCUGGUUCUCCUUUGAGCUCAUCAUGCGAUUCGCUUGCUCCCCCAGCAAAAUGCACUUCUUCAAGGAUGUCAUGAACAUCAUUGAUUUCAGUGCUAUUCUGCCUUAUUUUGUCACUCUGGGAACAGAACUGGUCAAAGACAAUGAUGCCUCUCCAGCCACGUCCUUGGCCAUCAUCAGGGUCAUCAGGCUGGUGAGGGUCUUCAGGAUCUUCAAGCUGUCUCGUCACUCCAAGGGCCUCCAGAUUCUUGGUCAGACACUGCGGGCAAGCAUGCGAGAGCUGGGUCUUCUUAUCUUCUUCCUGUUUAUUGGCGUCAUCCUCUUCUCCAGUGCUGUCUACUUUGCUGAAGCUGACCACAACAAAACAGACUUUGUCAGUAUACCACAUGGCUUCUGGUGGGCAGUUGUCACCAUGACUACAGUAGGCUAUGGUGACAUGUACCCUGCAACAGUGUGGGGCAAGAUGGUGGGCUCCAUGUGCGCCAUUGCUGGUGUUCUUACCAUCUCGUUGCCUGUUCCUGUCAUUGUGUCCAACUUCAGCUACUUUUACCAUCGAGAGACUGAAUGCGAGGACCGAAGUGAGUACACUCAUGUCGAAACUAGCCUAUGGGAGGAUGAGGAGGCCGAACGAGAGGAUUUUGAGGAAGAUGGCCAGGAUCCAGAGGGAGAUUAUUAUGCCAGUGAAGGUAUUUGCAGCCCUCUAAAUGGGACUUUGCUUGGUGGACUGUGUACAGGACAGAGUAUAGAGUACAGGGGAGGAAAUAUGUAUCUGAGGGAACCACUGGUUACUCAAGUUUAG